AUGCCUACUGAGGAUAGCCAGGGGACUCAGCACCAUAUCCCCCAUGGGGGUACCUCCCAGAGAAGACCUUCAGCAGAUGCCAAUCUCCAGGCAGAACUGGAGAGCCUCCGCGCCAGUGUCACCAAGAUGUCUGAGAAAUAUGACAAUCUUCAUGCUAAGAACGUCGAGCUCGAGCAUGACUACCGCACACUGAAGCGUAACUGGGAGAUGAAUCAGACCCAAGGCUCCCAACACAGCCCUACCCAGGUACCUGAGCGUACACAGCCAAACCAGCCGGAGCACUCCCACCACAAUGUCCCAACCCAGCCUAGGCCCAGCAAGGGUAAAGGCCCCCUCUAUCCGGACACGACCAAGUCGCGGCUUCUCCGCAUCUCCCCACCAAGGAACCGGCCUCAUGAACCAACAAAGGUCUACCGGGAUUGCAGGGACCGUAUCCUGGACCGUCAAACGGAACCCCAUCUUAUCUCUGUUAAUCUCCAAGACCCAAAGAUGAAACACCUGGGCCCCCCGCCAAAGCCUACCCAACUACCCCUUGAAGAAGGUAUAGGGGACUCAGAGAACUGGGGCCAGGGUUACUCAGAAAACUACGAGUCUUAUCACACCGAGGCGUUCGAAGAAUUCUACCCAGCCCAUGGCCACCCACACACCAGACCCCCAGCACCCGAGACUCUCCCUCAUACCGACCCGGCAAUGAGGCUUCUCUUCGAGAAAGUCCGGCGCCUGGAGAGCGAACAUCAGCGCAACCACCAACCUCUCUGGGCAAAGCCACGACCUGGGCCCUUUACCGAACACAUCCUUAAUUACCACCAGGAGAAGGACAUCCAGCCACUCCGCAUUGCCUUCUACACUGGCACAGAGGAUCCUCUCACCCACAUACAUUCUUUCCAGUCUGCCUUGGGGUGCAAGGGCCUCACUGACGAAGGCAUGUGUCUCCUCUUCCCUUCCACUCUCAGUGGCGCGGCCCUGAACUGGUUUUACAGGCUGAACCCCCGCACUAUCAAUACAUUUGACAGUCUGAAACAGGCUUUCCUGGACCAUUUCAUGAUCCAGACCGAUCGCCUCUACUCCGCGGACGACCUAUACAUGCUUAGACAGGGUGAGGAUGAGCCCCUUCGGGAGUAUGCAGCCAGGUUCAGCCACGAAUACUCCCGCUGCCCAGAUACUGAUGAUCGUGCCGCUUUCGGUGCUUUCAAGAGUGGCCUCCGAGAGUCUAACUUCCGGUACCUGGUCCACAGCAACCCUUGGAACACAUAUGCCGAGCUGAUGAAGCAAGCAGCAGUUCAUGCCAAGGCUGAGUACUUCAACUCCAAGCGCAGCCCAGCCAUCCCGGCGCAUAAUCCUUUUGCUGAUCCUCCACCUGCUUCGGUACCCAUCCCAGCUCCACCCCAACAUUCUGCCCCUGCACCAAGCACCCAGGGUGCCCAACACCCCAAGAGGAAGGAUAGCUACCAGCAUACCUUCAACAAUAACAAGCGGGGCAGACAUGGGAACCACCACCAGUCUAGUGGAAGCAACCCCCCCAGGCCAAGUGACCGGGCCCCACUCCCAUUCUCACCCAAACCCAGGUUCGAGGUCUUCACCACCCUCAACACUACCUAUGAGAAUGUCCUAGUGCACGAGGCACCUAUCAUACCUCAGCCUCCACCCCGGAAACCAGGCAGCAAGCCUAUGCCUAACACAGGAGUCUUCUGUCGCUUUCAUCAGUUCGGUGGCCAUGAUACCGAAUCUUGUGUUGCCUUGCGCAACAUCAUUGAGGGACUUAUUCGCGAGGGGAAGCUGGAUAAAUACGUGCACAACCUCCCACCUAACCCUCACCAACGGCAGAUCAACAUGAUCUCAACCAUCAGUGGUGGCCCAACCAUGGCUGGCACCUCCAACAACUCCAUCAAACAUUAUGUCCGCUCUACUUAUGCGCACCAGGUCUUCAGUACUGAGCAGGGACGCUUGCCGAAGACACAAAAAACAGGCUGGGCCCCCAUUACCUUCUGCGAGGAGGAGGAGCGCGGCGUUAUCCUCCCUCACGAUGACCCAAUCAUUAUCCGCGCCGACAUAUCUAACUUUGACGUUGGGCGCAUAUUAGUAGACACUGGCAGCUCGGUCAGUGUGAUGUUUGCUGAUGCCUUCAAUGAGCUCCAGGUCCCAUCUCAUUUGCUCGACCGAAGCGUCACACCCCUGCCUAUGGGGAGCAUUCAUCUCCCUAUCUCUAUUGGAGCAGCUCCCCAGCGAACGACGGUCACCACUCCCUUCCUCAUCAUUGACUGCCCUACAGCCUACAACGUUAUCCUGGGACGCCCUGCCAUGGCCCAGAUGAAGGUCUUCAUUUCCACACAUAUGUUAAUGUUGAAAUUUCCUACCCCCUAUGGCACGGGCACUGCGCGCGGUGAUCAACUGGGCGCCCGAAGUUGCUAUGCUUCAGCAGUAAAGUCUACUAAUCGCCAACAUAGGGGUGAGGCCCUAGCAGUAACCCAGGCCCUAGCCCCACCUCGAGCUGGCACUGAGCGCCCAGAGGACCCCAGGGAGGAAUCUGCCACCCAACAGGCCGAACCUGUGGAGGACCUUGAACUGGUCACUCUCCAUGAGGAUAUCCCGGAUCGACAGGUCAGGGGCACCUCCCUCUCACAAGAGCUUCGCUCUGAUCUUAUUGCCUUCCUCCGCCUCAACUCUGAAGUCUUUGCUUGGUCUUACAACGACAUGCCGGGCAUAUCACCUGACGUCAUCUCCCAUAGGCUAAGCAUUAAUCCUGUCGUCCGACCCCGUUCGGCAGAAGCGUCGUGCUUAUGA